AUGAAGUGCCUGAACAACCGGGCCGAAAGCCACCUGACCGGGCAGGUGGAGUUGGACAGCGUGAGCAACGGAGCCUGGGUGAACCAGGGCUACUGUGGCUCCCCACCGCCUCUGCCUCGAGCUGUCAGCACCAUCUAUAACCCGCAGCCCCUCUUCCAGGGCUCCAUGGACAGCAUGUACAAACUGGACACCCCCAGCCCGUUCCCAGAGGAACCAGCAUCCACUGACCAAAUCCUGGUGAAGAAACAACGAGGCUGCUGCUCUUUUAUCAAAGGCUUGUGGGGCACAACUUUGACCGAAAACACCUCAAACAACAGAGAACUGUUUGUCCGCACCACGCUACGGGAGCUACUGGUCUAUCUGGUGUUCCUGGUGGAUAUAUGCCUCUUGACAUACGGUAUGACCAGCUCGAGUACCUAUUACUACACUAAAGCCAUGACGGACCUGUUUGUGAAUACAGCCGGUGAAAGUGGGGUUAGGUUUCAGUCCAUUAGCACCAUGGGCGACUUCUGGACUUAUUCCCAGGGCCCUUUGCUGGACGGCCUCUACUGGACUAAAUGGUACAAUAACAAGUCCCUGGACAGCGGAGACCAGUCCUUCAUCUACUAUGAGAACAUGCUGCUGGGAGUCCCCAGGAUGAGGCAGAUCAAGAUCAUGAACAACUCCUGCAAGGUCCACAAAGACUUCAUAGAUGAGAUCACGGGAUGUUUUGAUGUUUACAAUGACAAGAAGGAGGAUGAGUUGAACUUCGGUCUCAUCAAUGGCACUGCGUGGACCUACCACACAGAGAAAGAAGUCAAAGGUUCCUCUCACUGGGGCUUGCUGACCACAUACAGUGGAGCGGGAUACUACCAAGACCUGAGUCGCACCAAAGAAGAGAGCGCCAACAUACUGAAUGAACUAGUGGACAACCUGUGGUUGGAUCGAGGAAGCAGAGCGGCCUUCGUCGACUUCUCCACUUACAACGCAAACAUCAACAUGUUCUGCGUCAUCAGGUUGUUGGUUGAAUUCCCAGCGACAGGUGGAGCGAUCCCUUCUUACCAGAUAAGAACAGUCAAACUAAUUCGCUACAUCAAUAACUGGGAUUUCUUCAUCCUCGGUUGCGAGAUGGUCUUCUGUUUAUUCAUCUUCUACUACGUUGUAGAGGAGAUUAUUGAGCUUCGAAUACACAAGUUCACCUAUUUCAAAAGCAUCUGGAACAUACUGGAUAUUGUUGUCAUAAUGCUCGCCAUCGUUGCCAUUAUAUUCAAUAUUUUCCGAACAGUCAAAGUGGACAACUUGCUUGGCAAACUGCUGGAACAACCCGGUAUCUACGCUGAUUUUGAAUUUCUGGCCUUCUGGCAAACACAGUACAACAACAUGAAUGCAGUGAACUUGUUCUUUGCCUGGAUUAAGGUUUUCAAGUACAUCAGUUUUAACAAGACCAUGACUCAGCUGUCCUCCACACUCGGUCGAUGUGCUAAGGAUAUCUUGGGCUUCGCCAUCAUGUUCUUCAUCGUGUUCUUCGCCUAUGCGCAACUUGGAUAUUUGCUCUUUGGCACAGAGGUUGACUCUUUCAGCACCUUCGUCAAGUGCAUCUUCACACAGUUCAGGAUUAUUCUUGGAGACUUUGAUUACAAUGCCAUCGACCGGGCAAACAGAGUUCUUGGGCCAAUCUACUUUGUCACCUAUGUGUUCUUUGUGUUCUUUGUUCUACUGAACAUGUUUCUGGCCAUCAUAAAUGACACAUACUCUGAGGUUAAGGAGGAGCUCUCAUCUCAAAAAGAUGAGCUACAGUUUACUGACAUCAUCAAACAGAGUUAUAUGAAGACUUUUACGAAGUUGAAACUUAAAAAGGAGAAAAUAUCUGAUGUUCAGAAGGCGCUACGAUCUGGAUCUGGAGAAAUUGAAUUCAAGGACUUCAGAGAAACUCUGAAAGAGCUGGGACAUGCUGAUCAUGAAAUUUCUGCAGCCUUCUCCCGGUUUGACCAUGACGGGAACCAAAUUCUAGACGAAGACGAACAAGAGAGGAUGAAAAUCGAGCUGGAGGAAAAGAGGGAUGCUCUUUGCACUGAACUCAACAAUCUUGGAAUGAAUUACCAGAAAGAACUUCUGGAGAAGCCGACUGUGACAUCCAAUGAGCUGAAGAACCACUCGAAUCAUACGAAUCAAGUGGAUCAGGAACAGUUUCUAAGACUGGGUAGACAGGUUCUCCAGCUCGAAAGCUCCGUGGCAGGCAUCACAUCCAGGAUUGAGUUGAUUAUGGAGAAACUGGGAUUACAAGAGAAAACUAAAGGGAACGAAACGAGUGAUGACACUGCCUCAGAUAGGAGCGUCCUGGUUUGUGUGGACAGAGGGACGAAGGCUAAGAUGUCAUCCAGGAGGCUGGCAGUUCCCAAUAACUCCGCAUUCGACAGUAAGAUGUGA